UAACCAGCUGUAUCAUAUGUGUGACAUGCGAGGUGAUGAUGAUUUUAAGGCCUAUAAAUAUUCACAAGACAAAACAUUGUCAUGGUUACAGGCUAAGGUGGAGCAGUUAGCAGAUGAACUUGAAAAGCGUAAGGUCCAUGUUGCUGGUGGUGCUGUAGUUGCGACUUAUGUAAAAAGCAAGAAAGAUGACAACACAAAGAGAGAUGAUUACCUCAGGUUUGCUUGUGGCAUUGUCUCAGAUUAUCUGCCUCUAGAGCUGGGUAAAGAUCUGAAAACUCAUCUGAAUAUACCAGAACCCAGCCCUGUCAAGUCCAGUCCAAGCAGUGAACCCCCAGCAAAGAAAGUGAGGCUGAAUGGAGAUGUUACCCCUAGUGAAGACUACAGCAAAGCAGUAGAUGGGGAAUCUAAACAAAAGGUUGGUUCUUUUGAGGUCAAAUUGACAGCCAAACAGAAGCAAUUAAGCAAAGUAGACAAGACCGGGAUGAAGAGCAUAUCAAGCUUUUUCUCACCAAAGACUAAGAAGUAAAA